GCUGGUGGGGGCGGCAGCUGCUGUCCUGCUGGGGGGCGCUUCUGGCAGUGCCUCCCCUUCACAUUCCCUGCUGCACUUCCGCAGUGUUGUGGUCGUUGAGGGGCUGCCCCAAUUCUCUGAGGUGAGCUACUUGGACAGACAGCCUAUGCAACGCUAUGACAGCAAAACAAAAAGAAUGCAGCCUUUAGCGCUGUGGAUUAACCAAUCGCGGGAUAACGAUUACUGGGACAUGGAGACCUCUGCUGUGAGAUACGAUGAGAAAGAUUUCCUAGAAAAUUUGCAAGACCUGUUGGCUCCACAGAAACACCACAACCAGAGCAAGGGAGACCACAUCUUGCAGUGCAUCGAUGGCUGUGAACUCAUGGCUAAUGGAGAGGGAGGAAAGAUUCACCGAGAUGCUGUUGAUGGAAGAGAGAUGAAGGGAGAGGGAUUUCAUUCAUACAGUAGAACUUUCUUGGGAGGAAACUGCAUUCAGUGGCUGAAGAGGCACUUGAGGGUCCUGGAGACAGUGUCCCAAAGGAAAGAGCUUCCAAUAGUGAAAGUGACUCAUCAGGCCAGCAUCAACAGCCUUCAUGCCCUCACCUGCCAGGCCUAUGGCUUCUAUCCCAAGGAGAUCAAUACCAGUUGGAGGAAGAAUGGAGAAGUCUUUGACCAAAACAGCAGCUCUGUGCACAUCGCCCCAAAUUCAGAUGGGACCUUUUAUGCCAGGCUGAGUAUUCAGAUCAAUCCCAAGGAGAGGAAGCUUUACAGAUGCCACGUGGAACAUGUCAGCUCCAGUGAGCCCCUGGAUGUUGUCUUGGAGGAAACAGAACCACCAGCUGUGACAAUUACACGCAUGGUGGAUGGUGAUGGCCUGGAGAUCUUGAACUGCUCUAUCUGUGACUUUUACCCUAAAGAGAUAUAUACCACCUGGAAGAGGGAUGGAGAGAUUUGGGAUCAAGAGACUAUUCGUGGGGAUAUCAUCCGUCACUGGGAUGGGACCUACUGCACCUGGAUCAGCAUCACAAUUGACCCCAAGGAGAAGGACCGCUAUGGGUGCUAUGUUGAACAUGAUGGCUUGCAGGAACCACUCCAUGUGGUUGUAGGAGCUUCAGAAUCCAAACUAGGACUCCUCCUUGGCUGUGUCGCGGCUGUCCUUGUCAUAGUGUCUAUAAUCAUCGGAUUGUUAAUAUACUGCAAGAAACGUCAAGGUGGCUACAGAGCAGCAGCAAACAGUGACCCCAAGUCCAGCAGUUCAGGCAGGGGUAACCAUGAAGAACACCCACUGACAGAGACAGGAGUCCCACUUCUCACCAACACUGAGAACACCUCUCAACAACACUGAGAACAAGGGAGACAGUCCACCUCUUCAGAUUAGUUAUACCUCCAAAACACCUUUGCCUCUUUUCAUUCACUAUCUCGCUAUGCUAGUUCAAGGGAAAUGGGGAUUGGAUGGCUUCUUAAGGUCCCUUCCAACCCUGAUUUUUCUGAUCUUAUUGCUGUAGGACAUUGAAGAGAGAAAACACUCUCUGAAUAACAUCAAGUGAACAUUUAACUCUCAAAAUGAAAUGGAACUGGACCAAAUUUGGUGUGGUUUGAGAAGUCGUCAAAAGGAAGAUUGAGUUCUAAAAUGGAUUGGAACUUCAGGUGGAGCUUCAAGGACUAGGUGAAAGACAAUUAUGGUAACUUUACAUCUU